CGUCGCUGUGAUUGGUAAUUUGAUGAUAACGAGAACUGAUAACAGUGAAUUUUGUUUAGUAACAUAACAUUACAUUUUAUACUUAUUAAAGUGUAAUUAAGAUGGAUAAAAGUAAAUUUAAGAUAGUUAUUGGUGCUACGGGAAGCGUCGCAGCUCUAAAAAUACCAAUUUUGGUCAACUCCUUACUAGAUUUGAAUAAUAAACAGCAAUACAUUUUUGAGAUCUAUGUUGUUGUAACAGAGCAUGCGAAACAUUUCUUCGAAACUUCAAAAUUACCAGAUGUUGUAAAAAUUUACGAUGAUGCGAAAGAAUGGAUUAGUUGGGAAAAAAGAGGCGACCCUGUGGUUCAUAUAGAACUUGGAAAAUGGGCUGACAUGAUGGUCAUUGCACCUUUGGAUGCUAACACUCUGGCUAAAAUGGCACAGGGUCUAUGUGAUAAUCUUCUGACCUGCACCACCAGGGCUUGGGAUAUGAAGCAACCAUUGUUAUUCUGUCCAGCUAUGAACACAAGGAUGUGGGAGCAUCCAGUUACAUACAAACACAUACAGACAUUAAAAGAAUGGGGACAUGAGGAGAUACCACCUAUUAAAAAACAGCUGAUAUGUGGCGACACUGGUGUAGGUGCUAUGGCAGAGGUUGAAACUAUUGUAGAAAGAAUAAAAAGUAUCGCUGAUGAGAAAAUGUUUAAUAAGUAAUUGAAAGAUAAGUCUUUUAUUUAAUG